CAUCCAACCAGGACAGAAACAGGGAAACUAGAGAACAGACCAGCAAGGCGGCAAGAAUAUCGGGUGCACUAAGAGAUAUCAUAUGGAAUAACAGGCACAUGCGUAUGGAAACUAAAAUUAGAAUAUAUAAAAGUGUUAUAAGACCAAUAAUGACAUACGGGAUAGAAACAAGAGCUGACAACCAAGUGACCAAGAACGCAUUUCGAACAGCCGAGAUGAAAAUACUGAGAAACGCCCUGGGGUUCACCCUACGAGACAGAAAGAGAAAUGAAGAGAUUCGGAACAUAUGCGGAGUCCAAGAUAUAGUACGUUGGGGUCGAAACAGAAGGAGACUAUGGAAUUCCCACGUGGACAGGAUGAACGAGGAAAGAAUCGCGAAGAUUGCGAGAGACGGAACACCAGGAACAAGACGACCGAUAGGAAGACCUCCAAAAAGAUGGAGAGAUUCGUGGACGUCGAUUUCGCAGGAUCCGAGGCUGGUAGUGCCAGUCAAGGGGGUUCAAAAGCAAGUUUUGGUAGAAGACGAGGGAAGUGCAAGUGGUUUAAUGUGGCCAAGGGGUGGGGGUUCAUCACUCCGGAAGACGGUGGCCAAGACGUGUUCGUUCACCAGAGCGUCAUUAAAAUGAACGGUUUUCGUUCUCUGGGAGAUGAAGAAGAAGUAGAGUUCGACUGUGUCUUCUCUGGUAAGGGUUUAGAAGCUACAAAUGUAACCGGCCCCCAAGCAAUUGACUGUAGAGGAUCCAACAGAAAGCCUGCCGGAAAAAAAAGGUUUCGUAAGUUGAGGUGCUACAACUGCGGUGAGUUCGCAAACCACAUUGCAGCGAAAUGUUGUUUAGGACCUCAGCCUAAACGAUGUCACGCAUGUAAAAGCGUAGAUCAUCUUAUUGCAGACUGCCCAUCAAAAACUGAGCAACAAAAGAUUGAUUUAGUCGAAACUAAUAAGAAUGGUGUUCAAGAGGAUGAACAAAAAGAAAAUGUCAUUGCUGCCACAUCAACAGAACAGCCGACGGAUUAAAAUCUAAAUAAUUUUUUUGUGCUGUGUUUGAACACAUUUGAAGUUAUUGGUAUCCUCAUGACUGAAAUUUUCUUGAAAUAGAAACAAUUUGAGCCUCUCCAAUUCACUUCAACUAUUGAUAACAUAAAUUAUCGAAUCAUGUUAAAUAAUUCAAUGCCUGAAGUUCAGCUCACCCAACUCUUAAAUCGAGAGAACCAGUUGGGGGAUAUCAAUUAUCUCGAAUAGGUUUGAGAACGAAAAAAGAUUAUGGAUUCAUAGAGAAAAUGUAUCCUACAUAGAUAUAUUUUUCAAAAUAAAUAUAAAAGUAUAUCUGAUUUUUAUGAUUAAAAUUUAUUUGCUGAUUUUGUUAAAUUUUUUUAAUUGUUUGAUUCUUUAAAAGAUAUAUAAAAAUUUUAAAUUCAAUUAGUUUGUACGUUUUUCCAGAAAUACUGACACUACCUCAUAUAUUGUAUAUAGUAGAUGUGUAAGUAUUGUAUAGGCACGAGUUACCUCCUUUAAUGUACCUGACUGCCAUCUUUUUUAAUUAAACACUCUGUCAAGUAGGAUUAAGGUUACGAUUAACUUCAAAGUUGCUUUUGUAUUAAUAAUUCAUCGACUGAUUCAAUAUAUAGGCUCAGGCAAAGGAAAUUGAGACUACCUAUAUUAACUUGAGUGUACUAGUUCUUCAAGGCUAACAUAGACACAAGUUGCCUCUUUUCAAUGUACCUGAAAGCCAUUCAACUUGAUCAACAUAACAUAAUUUUUACAAAACGACUGAUUGUAUAUAUUCAUUUUGGCUCAGGGAAAAAGGAAUUGUAAGUAUGUUACUGAAUUUAUGAUUAUUACUCACUUACAAAAUAAAAGAGAUUU